AUGAGCGGUCGCGGAGCGGGCGGGCAGCGCUGCCAGCUGAUCCUGCAGCGUUGCCUCGCGAUCCACCUCAGCAAGCCGGGCAACGCGCCCGAAGACUUCUGGAUGUACGACUCCGGCUACCUGCUGUUCCAGAUGUGUUUUCGAGAGCAGUUCCCAGUCGAGAUAGCAGUCUGUAGUAUCGUUGAUUCAUCGGCGUUUGUUUCAAUCGCUUCCAAGCGGCCGGACACCGUC